AUGGCUCGCAAAGUCAUGCAGUUGGUACUUGCCUUGCUUGCACUCCUGAUUUACCUUGUCUCUGGCUCUCCCGUGAGCAGAACUUCAGACCUGAACUCAGUUGUACUUGAGCCUAGCAAGAUUCUCGAUACACAACACCAAAACGUUGCUCACAGUUUCGGAGACCCUGAUAUCGCGGGCCUGCCUCCCACACCUAUUACAGCUUCCGUUCUCGACCAUGUCAACAAGCAUGCUCUUCAUCAGCCAGCUCAUCCUCAAGAGACUGAUGGGGUCGGCACAAUUUACAUCGCUAGAAAUGAGGCAGGAAUUGAUCCCCCAGGAGGUGGAGAUGGUCAGACCUCAGGCUGUGUCAUCUACAUCGCCCCAGGUGGCAAAGUCAAUACGUCGACUCCACCGAGUGGAUGCGCAAGUCCGCCUGCCCAGAGAGUCCGAAACCUCAACAUUCCACCACAGGAGACCAAGUCUUCAAUAUUUCGUGUCGAAAAUCACUUUCCAGGACAACAAGCCCAGCGUGAUGUUGAGCACAAGCCAACUUUCACUACUUUGGUCUCGCCGGGUCUGACAACAUUGACGGUAUCUGCUUCGACUGGCCAUGAGACAGGUGGUGUUGUAGUCAUUACUGGACCAGUGACUCAUAAGUCACACAAGACCUGUUCGACGAAGACAAAGUCCUGGGUUUCGCCUGGCACCUUUACCGUCACUAGGGGAAGUGGUACUUUCACAGUCAUCACCACACUUCCGAGCCAUCCUGAACACACUUACGUUCGUAGUCAGAUUCCUCCCCCAGAAUGGCUAUCCACGCAUGUCAAGACUCACGGUCGACAGACUGAUAGGCCUCUGCCCAUGGAGACCCUCCAGUUAGCAGGACGCGUUCCCCCACCUGAAUCCGAAUGGCUCCUCGCCCCCAGCCGCGCACAUCCCUACACUGGAACCCACGUUCGCCCAACCGACAUGCCUUUUGCAUGGAGAACUUCGACAUCUGCCAAGUCCAAAACUCACAUUCACACGAUGGAUAGGCAGAGUUAUUCCUUCAAGCACAAGUCAGAGACAGUACUGGAUCCAACUCAUGUUCGUCCUACAGACAAGCCAGUUACUUGGGGAUUGAACAGACGUGACAAUGUCCCACCUGGUAUUCCAACAUCUUUCAAGCCGGUUCCAAGUCCGACGUGUACCCUCACGGUCAAGAAACCCACUCCGACAAUGAAGGGUAAUUUGAAGACUGUGUACACCUCCACAGCAACCGUGACCCACUAUCAUGUUUGUGGAGGAUGCUUGCUCGUGACAGACCAGCCCCGGACAAUGGAUCGCAAAUGGGAGGCUACUAGGACAGUUCAUGGUGUUGCGACGGUGACCGUUAAUGUAUGCACUGGUGGUCCUAGACGACCAACUCAUGGCCCUGUUACACAGAGAGAUGAGUAUACUGGUGCCUCAUCGCCAGUUCCAACGUCCAGCAAUUUGCCAGCAACUCCUUUCCAUACCCACGGUCCGCCUCCUAAUUUCACACCUCGACCUUCGAGAUCGGUUAUCGCCAAUCCAAUUCAUACGCAUGGCCAACCACCGAAUGUCACGCCUCGUCCCGAGACAUUAGUCACUGCAGUGCAUAGUUCUUCGCCUGCAAACCCAAUGCAUACUCAUGGCCCACCACCAUUGGUCACUCCUCGGCCGGCGAACUGA